CCUGGGAGACCUCGUGCCGCAAUACCGUCGGUAGUGGCAGUGUGAUGUCACCUGCCCCUGCAGCAGGCGAUGGGACCCGAUCAUCUAUACUCUGUCCAGCCUAUGUAUAUAAGGACGCGGAGAAUGUUGCGAUUGCCUCGUGGCGGGCGCUCGUGGCCAGCGCGGCAGAGCUUCGAGUCGUGCCACAGCAACUUCCUGAUACCACGCCAUGUUCUCCUCUCUCCUCUGCUUCGGUCUGCUGGCCUCCUCGGCGGUGGGCCUGUCCAGCAGUGGCCCCAGCAAGAGAGCGUCCACCAGUGCUCUUAGCCAGAGAGGUCCUCCUCCUGGCUUCGUGACUGCAAGUGGCACUAAAUUCCAGCUCGAUGGCGAGGAUUUUUACUUUGCUGGCAGCAAUGCCUACUACCUUCCAUUCCUCCAGAACGCUACCGAUGUCGAUGCAGGUCUAGCCGCCGCCAAAGCCGCGGGUCUUUCAGUCAUCCGGACAUGGGGUUUCAACGACAAGAACAGGACCUACAAUCCCUCUGGCAAGCCGCAAUACGGUGCUGAAGGCGGUGGGCCUACCGACAUCGUCUUUCAGUGGUUCGAGUCAGACGGGACCACGACGAUCGAUCUCUCUGGCUUCGACAAGGUCGUCAACGCCGCCGAGAAGCACGGCAUCAAGCUUCUCAUUGCCCUGACCAAUAACUGGGCCGACUAUGGCGGCAUGGACGUGUACACGACCAACCUCGGGUUUAGAAGUCACGACGAUUUCUACCGCGAACCAAGCAUCAAAGCCCUCUACAAGAACUACGUCAAGACCUUUGUCAACCGGUACAAACACUCACCGGCAAUCUUCGCUUGGGAGCUGGCCAACGAGCCCCGCUGCGGCGCCGACCUGAUCCGCAACCUGUGGCGGAGCUGGUCGUGCAACUCUGCACUGUUGGGGAGCUGGAUCGACGAGAUGAGCACCUUCGUCAAGUCCAUCGACCCGGACCACAUGGUCACCUGGGGCGGCGAGGGGGCCUACAACCAGCGCGGCAACCUCGACACGCGGUACAACGGCUUCGACGGCGGCGACUUUGACCACGAGAUGACCCUGCCCAACAUCGACUUUGGCGUCUUCCACACGUACCCGGACUGGUGGUUCAAGACCAUCUCCUGGACGGCCCGGUGGAUCCGCGAUCACGCCGCCUCGGGCCGGGCCGCGGGCAAGCCCGUCGUGCACGAGGAGUACGGCUGGCUGACGCCCGCCGCGCGCUGGAGCCAGCGGUUCUGGUUCUCGUUCAAGACGCGCCCGCAGGUCUAUGGCGAGUGGCAGUCGAUCAUGCUCGAGGAGAAGAUGGCGGGCGACCUGUACUGGCAGUUUGGGUACUCGAACUACUCGUACGGGAGGAACCACGACGACGGGUUCACCAUCUACUUGGAUGACCAGGAGGCGCAGCAGCUGGUGUACCAGCACGCGAGGAAUGUCAAUGCGCUCAACGUGUCGUGAGCCGGGGUUUUUCUCUUUUCCCCACGUCUGCAGAGCUUGAGAAUGAGCAGGUUUUCAAGACGGCUUUUUUUUGCGAAU